CCGAUCGUCCCGAGUUCCGGCAUGCCGGGCCGGCUUCUUGGGGCGGCUUCCCGGUUGCCCGCUCGCCAUGGAAUGUCUGCGCUGCCUGCCCAGGCUGCUGCCCCGCGCCGCGCCGCCCCGGAGGGCCCCGUGGACGGCGGCUGCGCGCCUGAGCCUCGCUGCCUGCGGCGGCCGCGCGACCCCUCGGCUCUCCCGGAGCCCGAAGGCGCCGAGCGCACCCCGCGCUGCAGGUGAUGUGCUCCGGUUUAGAACCUCGGAUGCCUCUCAAGCCACUUUAGCCAGCGUGGCCCAGGUGUUUGCCGUGACAAAGUUUGACAAAGAAGGAAACGUUACCUCUUUUGAGAGGAAGAAAACUGAAUUAUACCAUGAGUUAGCACUCCAAGCCAGGGACUUGAGGUUUCAGCACGUGAUGAGCAUAACUACUAGAAACAACAGGAUCAUCAUGAGGAUGGAGUAUUUGAAGGCUGUGAUAACUCCAGAGUGUCUUCUGAUACUAGAUUAUCGGAAUUUAAACUUGGAGCAGUGGCUGUUCCGGGAACUGCCCUCACAGCUGGCUGGAGAAGGUCAGCUUGUCACAUACCCGUUACCGUUUGAGUUCAGAGCUAUUGAAGCACUCCUGCAGUACUGGAUCAACACCCUUCGGGGGAAACUAAGCAUCCUGCAACCACUGAUCCUUGAGACCCUGGAUGCAUUAGUGGACCCCAAGCACUCCUCUGUGGACAGAAGCAAGCUGCAUGUCCUACUCCAAAACGGCAAAAGUCUCUCUGAGUUAGAAACAGACAUUAAAAUUUUCAAAGAGUCAAUUUUGGAGCUCUUGGAUGAGGAGGAGGUGCUGGAAGAACUCUGUCUAACCAAGUGGAGCGACCCACAUGUUUUUGAGAAGAGCAGCACUGGGAUCGACCACGCAGAGGAGAUGGAGCUGCUGCUGGAGAACUACUACCGCUUAGCAGAGGACCUCUCCAAUGAGGCGAGGGAGCUUCGGGUCCUGAUUGACGAUUCGCAGAGCAUUAUCUUCAUCAACCUAGACAGCCAUCGCAAUGUGAUGAUGAGGUUAAAUCUCCAGCUGACCAUGGGAACCUUCUCCCUUUCACUCUUUGGUCUGAUGGGAGUUGCUUUUGGCAUGAAUUUGGAAUCUUCCCUUGAAGAGGACCAUCGUGUGUUUUGGCUGGUUACGGGGAUUAUGUUUAUGGGAAGUGGCCUCAUCUGGAGAAGGUUGCUCUCGUUCCUUGGAAGACAGCUGGAAGCGCCUAUGCCCCCUAUGAUGGCCUCCUUACCUAAAAAGACCCUUCUGGCAGAUAGAAGACUGGAUGGGAAAAACAGCCUCAGGCCGGAAGGACUUGGAGCAAGCAGGCCUGUCCUGGCAAGCCGAUAGCAGCAGCCCGACAAAGAUUUGUAUACUUCGGAAGCUACUAUCACUCUCUGGGAAAAGACAACUGGUGUUUAAAUUAUGUCUGACUAAAACUGCUGUGGCAUUCACAAUACUAAACUUGAUCACAUCUUCAGAAUUCUUUGAGACAAAGAAGAGGCCAAAACCCUGUGUCCUACCAACUUUUGAAAUACUGUUCUUAUGGACUUUUUAAAGUACAGAUUAAUUUAUUGUGAGAUAGGCUUAUGUAGAUUCAGCACCAUUCUACAUAUCAAGAAGAGUGCAGCUUCGUGCCGAUGGAGUCCAGUUACUCGGCAGAGCCCAUGGUUUCUGAGCGCACAGACCUCACAUCCUCGCACAGGGAGGGGCCCAUGCUCCUAGCAGCUUCUCACUCAUCAGGAAAGAAAGUUGAUGGAUCUGUUAGCCUUGCAGCUAACUCUGGAGAAGUGUCACUCCUUGGUAGACCUUUACUUCCAGCAUUUGCUCUCUUUUAUAUAUAAGAUGAAUGAAAGGAGGUAUAAUUUAUUGUCAGCAUAUUUGGAUUCCAGUUAAACAAGAUUCUAUUUUUUUUGAUUAGUUAUAAAUAGAACCAUGGAAAGUGUUUGUUUAUUCUCUUACAGUUUUAUAGCUAUUUUGAUGAUUGCCUGAUUUAAGAGAUUGUCCUGCUACCCCCUCCCCAAGAGAAAAUGUAUACAGUCAGCUAAUGUGUUUGCCUACCUCUCAGAAGUUAGCAGAUGGGCUUGUCAAACAAGAAUGUAGCUAAUGCACGAACUGUGGAAACAUUAUCUUCCCAGUCAGAAGUUCUCAUUUAAAAUAAAUGGCAAAGCAGGACAUGGUUGCUCCACCAGCUGUGCCUCCAGUCCUCGAGAGGUUACAGCAGGAAGAUUAGGAAGAGUUUGAGGCCAGCCUGGGCUACAGAGUACGUUCUAGGCCAGUGAAGGUUAUAGAGUGAGUCCCAGGCCCGCCUGGACUAUAAGUAAGACAGGUCUCAAAGCACCAUCUGAGGUGGGGCUGCCAGUGCUGCUCAGUGUAGAGUGCUCGCUCGCUUGCCCAGUGGAGCAAAGCUGUGGGAUCAGCUCUCUUAACUACACAGGAAGAGACAGAGUGCUCAUACCUGUAAGUUUGAAAGCUGUUGCUCUGAUAACCAUUCAGCCUGCCCUUGUGUGUUCUCAGGAGGUUUCAUGCAGUUGUGUGCUAGAACAUUACGAUAGCCAAAAAGGGUGCUUCCCAAAGUAGUGCACUUGUAAGACUAUAGUAAGGCCAGAGCAACUCUUAGCCUACAGGGUAGGAAUAGUGAAGAAGUGCUCCCGCCCCAGACGCUGGGCGUCUGAUUACCCAGACAGUAUCCCACAAGGAUUACUGGGUACUCUAGCGACUGAAGUAAAAAAAUGUUACUCCAGUAGAAAACAGGUUACGAGUGAGCUUCCCUCCUGUGUGGGGCUGUGAGAAGCUGAUGUAGGGCAGCCAAGCUGGCCUGGGGUCCAGCCAUGAGAGGCACCUUCAGGCCUCUGGGGGAGAUGCUGGGAUGUGACUAUGGAAACUGUAGCAGCUGAACUCUUAGACAGCAUCCAGGAUGGGCUUUGGUGAUGCUCAGAUUUCAUGUCCCUCUUCAGCACACACAAGAGCACUCCACUGCUGUGGUUGGUUUGGUUUUGUUCAGCUGAGAUCCCUGAAGAACUGAAGUCCAUUUGAACCCAGGUCAGACAGGAUUGAAUCUCAUUUUUCCUUAUAGUGUUAGAUUAUGAGCUUAAGUAAAGUAAACAUCCCGAUUAGUCAUGUCCCUCUUAGCAGAGGAACAAAAUGUAAUUAAUUCACCUCACAUAAAAGGAUGGAACCAGCAGUUUGUAAAAUUUUUAAAGGUGGCUAGGUCAGGUAGGGUUUUUGUGUGAAAGUGCUCCUUAAAGGAAAUGUAAAAUAGCAAAUACUGAGUUUAAUGAUUGAGCAAGCAGUCACACAUCAGGUGUAAGCAAAGAGGUGGGAUACUUUCUGUCCUUACGUUCAGAGCCUCUGAGCCGAUGUGGGCAGAGCAGAGGUCAUCCUGUGAUGUGAUUCCUGACAACAGACUGGAAUAGGUUGAACAGCUCACACUGCCAGGCUGCUGGGUGGUGGGAACCAGGAACUGCGUUCAGCUUCAUUUCUUGGGAUGGCCGCAGUGAAGCUACAUUUGAUCUUUAGUGUGAUAACUUCAGUAAUGGCCAAAGAGGUUCUAAUGGAAGGAUUCAAAAGUGGGUGUGUCAUUUACUUUCUCACUGAGGAGUCAGUAUAUUCAGUAUCCUGUCAACUUGAAGCUGUUUGGAUUUCUGUAAGCUUUAAGUUUUCUUUACCUGAUGCCUGUUACAUGCUAUGCUCAGACAUUGAACAAAAGACAAAAACCUCUGGCCAGCUGUGGCCAUGUUUAGACAGGCUCUUGUCCAUCCAUUACAGAGCAAAAUCACUGGCACUUUGUGGCUAGAGAAUCAGCCCGGGUUGAUGGAGCCCCUGCCUGCUGUGCACAAGGCCCUGGGGUUGCCUUGCCAUUCAUUUACAUUUGCUAAUUGCUACCCCUGUACCAAAACAGUGACCCUUCUGCUGGCUGUGCUCUUUAGAUAGGUUGAACCACUAGUUAAACCAAAAGUCCCUUUGUGCUCCCUGCUGUGCCUUAGAGGCUGUCGAGUAUACUCACAGUAGCUGUGAGCUGUGCCUGCCUUCCUUAGUGUCUGUAGUUGUCCUUCACUGUAUAAAAUGGGAGAUCGGCAGCGAGGAGGGACCAGUGUGGCCCCUUGCCCACACCCCUCUCUCCUCCUCCCACUGUUUUCACCAGACAUAUUACAAAAUACCCAAGAUAAACAGCU